AUGGGUUUUAUACCGUGCAUGAAGGCAUAUGAUGAAGACGAAGAUAAUUCCAAACAGAUCGAUAGAGAGAUCAAACAGUGGUUUAAGGUCUACGAUCAGGCAAUAAAACUACUUUUAUUGGGCACGGGCGAGAGUGGCAAAACUACUAUUAUAAAACAAAUGAAGAUUCUUCACAUACAAGGAUUUUCGGCGAGUGAACGCCAAGAAAAAAUCCAAUACAUCCGCCAUAAUAUACACGAAUCGAUCUACGACAUAGUACGACAUAUGUCCACCCUGAGCAUUGGUUUGCAGAACAUCAAAAACGUUCAGGCACAACAAAUAAUUCUACGGUGCGGACCAAACGGACCUCCAGAAUAUAACGAGGCUUAUUUCGACCACGUACGAAAUCUGUGGCGUGAUAGUGGAGUAAGGGAAUGUUUUAAGCGUUCCAACGAAUAUCAACUAAUUGACAGCGCCGAAUAUUUCCUGGAUAGAAUAGAUCUAAUAGAGAAACCAGACUACAUGCCAUCUGAUGCGGACAUUUUGAGAUGUCGACAAAAGACUACGGGCAUACAGAAGAUUGAGUUCAAAGUUAAGUUGCCAAAAUCUAUGCAAGGCGGUGUACAAGAUUUUUGGAUGUUCGAUGUUGGCGGGCAGCGGGGGGAAAGGAAGAAAUGGAUACAGGUAUUCGAAGGCAUCAACGCCAUCUGGUUUCUUGUGGCAUGCAGCGAUUUUGAUCAGACCCUGAGGGAAGAUAAUUCGCAGAAUCGACUCAAAGAGGCCCUUGUCCUUUUCGAAGAUGUCUGGCAGAGCAGGUACUUACAAAUAAACAAACUUUCUUCUACGUUUCUUAUAUUUAUGAAUCAAAUUAAGUUUAUUUUGAAACAGAUACAACAAGGUCAGAGCAUUGGCCGCUACUUUCCUGCCUACGAGGGUUACCGAGCGUCAGGAGACGAAUACAACAGAACAAGAUUGUUCAUAAGAAGUAUGUUUAUGGAAAUCACAAAUAAAAAAAGCGAACGACGCAAUCUGAAAGCGUCAACUGACAACUUCGUGGUCGGCGAAGCCACUAAAGUUCGCGAAUGCUACUACCAUUUCACGACCGCUACAGACACGGACAACGUCAGGACUGUCUUUAAAGAUGUACACCAGAUGAUAUUGACGAAAAUUUUGCAAUUAGACAUCCAGGCGCUUAUUUUGCGAGUGGUGGUUGGGUCCUUACUCGUGCCACCCAAGCUCCUCCAGGAAUGUCAGCAGCCUCUUGAGUUUGCUGAAGACUUCGUCUAA